AAGUCCGAGACUGAGUGGUUAGCAACAAAGAUGGCGGGACUGACAACAGAUCAAGUAAAGGCGAUUGCAAGUACUAAGGGUCGAAGAAGUGCCAGGGGUGUGCUGGCUGACUGUUUAAGCUGGGAAUUGAAUGAAGAUGAUGUAAAACAAAUAAUACAGUUGGACUACCUCUAUGACACAAUUAUGUUUGCCAUAGAAAAGGGGUUUGCUUGGUCUCAAGUUUGUCUAGUUGUACAGUUAUCAAUGGAGUUACUAAAGGAGACUGUUGAUCAACCUAUUACAGAAGCCAUCAAGAUUUUAAAGUCAAAAUGUUGCCAUUAUAAUGGGAAAAUCAGUGGCAGAAACAUUCAACUUUACACAGACUACUUUUUUGACACUUUUAUGAAACACUUUAAAUUAUACCAAUAUGUUUUCACCAGAGAAAGAGAAAAAUGGAACACACAACUGAAUCUGACUGUAGAACUACCUCGUGACCCUCUUCCUUGUAGCAGUGGAAAGCAGCAGCACUUAUGGGAAUAUGAUCAAAAAUGGACAGAAAUAGAACAGAAAGAGACUGAAAAGAAGACUGAGCUUGCACAAAAGAAAACUGUUGUUUCUGAGGAGAAUGAUAAAACAAUUAAGGAAGCUUACAGAGAAGUUGAACAGUUAGAGGAAACUGCUGAUAAAGAGACUAUUGCUAAAACAGUAGCAGCAUUUGCCUCUGCACAUAUGAAAUCUGCCAUAGAUAACUUGAGACUCAGCAUAGAGGAAGCAGAAUAUGAUCUGGACUUCAAGCUUGAAAAAACAAGUUUAGCUAGGCCACAAGAAUUGGGCCCUCCUCCCAGAUAUAAUACUAAGUCUCCAAUAAGAGGAAAUUCCCCAGUUGGAAGAAAAAGUGCAAACUCAAAAGCAAAGGGAAGGGACAAAUCUUCAAAAGGAAAAAAGUGAAACCUAUUCUUGCAUAGAACUGUACUGAAAAUGGAAUACUUCAGUCACAGUCCCAGGCCAUGUAGAAAUUAGGUGCACACUUAAAAUAUUCACUGUGAUGCUAAUGUUAGUCAUAUGAAAGUUUUAGUGCUAUGUAUACAAAGUGUAGUAAAAUAGGUGCAUACAUUUUGAACAGGUUCACUGUGAUAGCAAAUUGUGUUACGUUCUUUAAGACAUUGUCAUUACUGUUAAGUCCAAAUGUUAUUCAUUUAUUGUUGUAUUUGUUAAGUAAAAACUAGGUGCCCAAAUAGUGCAGAAUGCUUCCAGUCUUAUUUAUAGUUUUUCAUUCUUAGCCCCAAGUCACUAUACAAGUCCAUCAUUUUAUUAUUAGUUUUUUUUAGCAGAAUGGGAGCUUUGAGACACAUAAUAGUUAUCAUUUGCCAUGUUUAUAUGAAAUGUUGCCAAUAAUCUGUACACUUUUC